AUGACCAGGAUACUGCUGGUACUGACCAUCCUAUUUGUUGUGGUCUUCUGUGCACCUACUUGUGCGCAGUCCUACACAUUCAACAGAAAUGUAUCAUCAGUACCUACUGCAACGGUAGCUGCUGCUAACUUCACGGCUAAUGAAACCGCGACGGUCUCCAACACAGAAGUAUCCUUCAGGUCGACGGUCGAUGACGACAGCGACGAUGAGUCCGAGGACAGCCAAGAUAACAAUUCCACCGACAGCGAUUCUUCAGACAGCUACGACGACAGUGAUUCCUCUCUAGCCGGGUUUACAUUUGGCAACGCACUCAAUGCCACCAGCACCAUCAAGUCCACCUACAAGAACUGGGUAGGCUCCGCCCUUGGCACGGCAAAAGACACAGCGUGCUAUCGUGAGUCUCACAUUGCCAAGACGUGUCCACUGGGAUUCGACGCCAAGCUUGGAACGUGCUGGGCUCAAUGCCCAUUUGCAUACCCGGUAGAGUGUGGAAUGGAGUGCAUCCGGCAAAACGACGACUGCGCGCUUGAAAUUAUCAGCAAGGUAUCAUCCGUGGGCCAGGCGGCGUUUUCCCUAGCUUCGUAUAAUUUGUACGGACAGUUCAAGUUGAUGGCAAAGGGUAUGCAGAUUGCGUUCAAGUGUGCCAAAGAGAUGAUGGGAUUGGUGAAAGCGAUGUCCAAGUACACUCGAACUGUCGAAGUGUCGGACCCCCAGACCGCUCAAGACAAGCUGCUGACAAUACUGUACCAAACGGACAACGUUGUGUUCGAUAUCCCGAUCACUAUUAUGUCGUGCCUCGGAAUCAAAGUAGAGGAUGCAUUCAAGUUCUCAGAUCGUCUUGUGAACACCAUCGAGCUAGUUGUGAAAGAUGUUAUUGCCAACGGAGCGACGAUUGUUUCCAGUUGGAGCGCAUUCACGAGCUUCAUGAGAAACAUCUCGUUGGGUGAGACGAUCGAUUCGUUGCAAAAAUCGGAAAUUACGUCUUUGGAAUCAGCAUUACAAUCCAAUUCAACGUGCGGGUACGACAUGAAGAGAUUGUUAGAUCGAACAUGGAUGACCGUGGCAGAACUGCGUCGACAGAACCCGAGGAUCUCGGAGGACGACAUCCGUGUUGCUAUGAGCAAAACGAACCUCGUGCUGUACGAAAUUCCUACUGUGACAAACAACUGUAUGCAAGAGCUGAUUGAUGAGUCCAACGAGGCAACAGCUUACACUACGCGGGACACUCUGCGCAAAGGCAUUGGUGGUAUCGUGGACGACUUGAUCAGUUCGGGAACAAGCAGCAACGGUACACUUCUAACGGCCGGGCAGUACGCGUACAAGAUCGCUGACAAGGCAGCAACGUUCUAUGCUGUUUGGGACAGAACGAAUAUCGGUGGUGCGAUCUCCGAGUUUUUCCAGACCAUUUGUGGUCCGACAGAGUACGUCGGUGAAAUUGAUGAUGGUAGUGCUAAAGAUGCUCUGGGCCUGAAGACUGUCAAGGCGGCGUUUAACAACAGCGCUGGUAACUGGACCAAAAAAGGCGAUGGUUCUGUUGUUGUUACGUUCAAGAGUGUCGAUACAAAGGAUGUGACCGUGAAUAUCAAGUCUGGCGGUAACAAAAUCGAUGAAGUGUCCGUCGCGGCGGGGCAAACUGUGACGUGGAGAUCAAACGUGACGGUUCUGGGUGGCAAGACGCUGUAUCUGGAUCGCUGGCGUCCUGGUUUCCUGGGUCUUCCUGGUACCGGUGGUGGCUCACUGCUACUGUGGGUACCUCGAUCAAGACAAGGCGGCAGUUUGCGCCUCACCGCGAUGCUCAAUGUGAGCUGA